CUAUCACAUAAUUAUAUAAUCUAUCAAUAAUUAUCACGUCCGGCGUUAGAAAAACUUGUAUCUAUCUAUCUCAUCGCAUAAAUUUAAGAGAGAAAUUGCUCUUUCUGGUUCUUCGUUUGCUGACAAACUCUCGUCUGAAUCUCUUCUUUCUAAUCCUUGUCCCUCGGGACAUUCCAUUGCGGAUCUCACAUUUGGGCAAGCCUCUCGUAUUUCGUGUUUCUUGGAUCUUUCAAAGUCGAUGCACGCUCCAGUUUUCUCAAAUCUCUCUGUCUUCUGUACAUUAGCAGUAGUAUUGAGAUAGAUGAGAAAUGUUGACUGAAUUUUCAGGAAAUGAAUUCGAAUUGCACAAGAGUCCUUGAAGGCUUGAACUUUGGCUAUGAUCGGAAUCAAUAGUUCACUUCAGAUUUCGAGAUUAACAAAUAUAUUGCGAGUUAGGUUUUCGUCUAUUAAACAGAGGUCGAAUCGGAGUGAGAAACCGAUCUUGAUCUUUCUGAAGACUGUCAUUGAAGGAGUUAACAUGAGCAGCAAGAAAGCAGUGAAUUUGGACGACGAGCAGAUAGCCGAGUUACGCGAGAUUUUCCGUUCAUUCGAUCGGAACAACGAUGGUGGCCUCACUCAAUUGGAGCUCAGCUCGCUGCUCCGUUCGCUUGGCCUUAAACCAAGCCCCGAACAGCUGGAGGGAUUCAUGCAGAAGGCAGAUACAAACAACAACGGCCUUGUGGAGUUCUCGGAGUUCGUGGCGCUGGUGGCGCCAGAUCUUCUGCCGGCGAAGUCACCGUACACGGAAGAACAGCUGAAGCAGCUGUUCAGCAUGUUUGAUAGGGACGGAAAUGGGUUCAUCACGGCGGCGGAGUUGGCUCACUCUAUGGCGAAGCUAGGGCAUGCUCUCACAGCAGAAGAGUUGACAGGGAUGAUCAAGGAGGCUGAUUCUGAUGGAGAUGGAAGGAUCAGUUUUCAAGAGUUCUCACAGGCCAUCAGUUCAGCUGCUUUUGAUAAUUCCUGGGCUUGACGAAUUCAUCUUCUUAAUGAAUCGGCAACCAAACUCAGAGCAAAAUGAAGGCAAUACAGUUUGAUCAAAGAGGGAUCCGGACAUGUUGCGAGACGAGUGAUUUUUGAACUUUUCAUAUAGAUACGGAGGUGCUAAUGAGGAUGGCCUCUGGGAUUGAAUUGGAAAGUUUUCUAUGUUAUUUGGCUCUGAAAACAUCAACUUUCACGAUUCUGUUGGCAUUUGAUUUUCAAAAUUUGAUCGCAUGGUGAGCGACAGAUUCAUGUACAUUGAUGGUUGUCAAAAGAAUAGAAAGCGGCUACCUUUCACAUUUGUUCCAUC